UAUAAAACAGAAAAUCACUAUAGCAAUAAAACUGUGUACUAUAAACAGGGUAACAGUUGCAGCUAAAAAAAAGUUACAAAAAAACGUUUUUUUUACAACUACACAUUUAAACGUGUAAAACUAUAUGCUAUACUAGAAAGACGUCAAAUAUAUUACUCAGAAAAUUAGGAUUUUUUGCAAAAAAUUGCAGGACUAUAUGAUGUAUAGAAUAUUAUGUGUUAUCUUAUGUUCUUUGGCUGUUGUUCAAAAAGCUUCAGGAAUCGAUACGAUUGACCUCAUCACGGGCGGCCAAUGUGGAGUGACGUCACAGCUGCAGGGCGGGAUAGUCGUUUCACAUCAACCAAUAGACGUGCUUCCCCCAAUUUCAAAUGAUAUAACGUGUUUUUUUACCAUGCGAGCUGUGAAAUUUCGACAGAGGAUACGUUUCACUUUUCUGCAUUUCUCACUGACUCCUACAGACUGUGCUGUUUCAAACCUUACAAUAUAUGAUGGCUUGAAUGACUCGUUCCCUAUAAUUUCCACCAUAUGCCCAACGGACAGUAUUGCAGCAAGGGAAUUUGUAAGCACGAGUUUUUGGAUGACAUUAAAACUGGUUGUAACCAGAAUUUCUGCUCCGCCGACAGCCAAUUUCACUGGAUUUUGGAAUGGCUUUACACCAGAUCGAUCUUCUCCAUGCUCCCAGCCAACCGAAGAGCUUCUCUGCGCAAACGGGCGUUGUGUUUUCAAUGUUUUAAACUGCGACGGAAUUGACUCUUGCGGAGACAAUACAGACGAGGGCACAGGACCCCCAACAUUUUGUAACCAGACAAUUUUAACAACACCACCUAUUUCAACUACUUUACCACCAUUUAUGACACAACCGCCAAUAAUGACAACGCUAAUUACUACAACUACUCCGAUACCAAUUCCUGGAGUUGUGGGAAAAAUUUUCCCAGAUUUAUCUCCACUAUAUAUUAUACUGACACUUGCGUUUGUUAUGUUUUCUGUGUUUUUGGUGUACGCGCUUCUGUCUUUUGAGUGUUUCAAAGCAUGUAUGAUGACCUGCUUACAUAAAUGCUGCUAUGCUCUAAUCAGACGUAGAAGAAAAUGGAAAACUGCAAAAGAUAAGCCCAAAAACCGUUUGCGACGAAAAAUCACCCCGGAAAAGGCGCACACCAAUAUGACUGUUGACAACCUGAGCACUUAUGAGAUGUCACAGAAUGAUGUUUCUAUGGAUAUGACAAAUGGUUUCGACCAACCGGAGCCGUACGUUACAGGUCCAACUAGUUCCAACACUUUCAUAGAAAAACCAAAGUUCCCACUUAAAAAGACUCACUUUAGCAUCGCAAAGACAAAGACUGCCAGUCGUUCUUCAAUCACUAAAGUCAAUCUAGAAUUUAAAAGAAAAUGAAAGAUUCGAUUGUGAAAAAAAUAAAAUAAAGACAUUUUGACUUUACAUAGUGAGCAGGCAUUGUAUUUUAAAGGCCCAAAAAACGUUUAAUAAAAGAGCUUAAAAUUUUAGGGUUUAGCCUGUUUUUAAGUAGUUUUAACAACUGUCGUUUUGUUGCUAAUUCCCUUCUUCUUCGCUGUAUUAUUUUAUUUGAUCUUUAUUAUCGUAUUCGAAGAGAUAAAUAAAUUUAUUGUUCUAUUAAACAGUAAAUUUGCAUUAUGUUGUAUUGUUGUUGCAAGUACAAUGUCUCAAUGCAUUAUAUAUGGUGUUCCAAAAAGUUCUGUAACAAUUUUAUUGUAUUCUUUAUGUUUGUAUUUUCUUUCUAAUACAAAUAAUUGGUGUAUAAA